AUGGCAUGUGCUUUCAAGGAGAACACCUGUCAGAUUGGUGUUAUUCUCGGGACAGGGACUAAUGCAUGUUACUUGGAAAAGCUUCAAAAUGUUGGAAAAAUGAAGGGUAAAUGGGAAAAUGACGGCUACCCAGACGAUAUAAUUAUAAACAUGGAAUGGGGCGCUUUUGGUGAUGACGGAUGUCUUGCAUUUCUGCAAACGGAAUAUGACAAGGAGAUUGAUCAAAAAAGUAUCAAUCCUAAAAUGCACAUAUUUGAAAAGAUGAUUUCCGGUAUGUACAUGGGAGAACUAGUGCGCAUCAUUUUGGAGCAGCUAGCACGGAAAAAACUUAUUUUCAAAGGACAAGCUGAUGCUAUUGCAAAGGCAGAAUGUUUUCCAACAACAUAUGUUUCAGAAAUAGAAAAGGAAAUGGAAGACAAAGCUAAAGCUAAAAAUUGUGCAAAAACUCGCGAAAUCCUUACGAAUAUUGGCAUCAAAGAUAUCAGCGAUGAGGAUUGUCAGUGUGUUGCUUAUGUAUGCAGUAUGGUUAGCACAAGCUACACUAUGACUCAGCAAAAUCUACAACGACGGAAACAAAGUAGCGGAUCCCUUGAUGAUGUUCAUAUUUUAUGA